ACAAACAAAACAUGGACUUUCUGCCUUAGCUAGUCUAAAUAAAAGUCUCACUAGCACACAUCACAAUUUCACUUGUCUUUUGUUUCUGUUGAUUAAGUCUGGCCCCUGACAUUAAAAUGCUUUGUACUGUUAGCCUCCUGUUGGCAUUAACAGUUGUGCAUGCAAGUGGAGUCUCUGUCUGCCACAUGCCAACGUCACAAGGACUCCAGCCUGACUGUCAGACUCCUCUGAUCAGCAAGAGUCACAAAGGAGACAAUCCUCUGCUGCAGUAUGUGAUCAAUAACUCUUUGAGGGAGCAUCCAGUGCUGACCAAACUACGACUAAGAACUAUGGAGGAUCCCGAAAACCUGAUGAUGGUGGCAGCUGAGCAGGCCCAGUUUAUGGCUAAUCUCGCAAAACUCAUAGAAGCCAAUAAAACUAUUGAGAUUGGUUUGUACACAGGAUACAAUGCCUUAAGUCUGGCUCUGGUAGUUCCUGAGAAUGGACUCGUGGUGGCCUGCGAAAUUAAUGAGGAAUAUGUGAAUAUAGCCAAGCCAUUUUUUAAAGAGGCUGGAGUGGAGAAUAAAAUGGAUAUUCGCCUUAAACCUGCAGCUGAAACCUUGGAUGAACUCCUAACUGCUGGUGAAGCUGGAACAUAUGACUUUGUGUUCAUUGAUGCUGACAAGGAGAAUUAUGAACUAUACUAUGAAAAGUCACUCCAGCUCGUUAGAAAGGGUGGCAUUGUAGCUAUUGAUAAUGUCCUCUGGGGUGGAAAGGUCAUUAACCCAGCUGAAGAUGACCUUUCCUCACAGACCAUAGACAAACUGAACAAGAAGUUACAUAAAGAUGAGCGGAUCGAUCUCAGUAUGCUUACUGUUGGAGAUGGCCUGACACUGGCACAAAAAAGAUAAUCUGGAUUAUUUAACAAUUAAUAAAUCUUCUCAAUAAACACUUACAUAACGAAAAUGAAUGUUCUGAAUAAAUAACUCAACUCAACAGAA